AUGGGACAACACGGAUCAUCAGCACUUUCUGGUUCAAAUUCCCAGGAUGAUGAAAGUAAAGAAGUUUCAUCGAUACCAACACCCCAUCCUUCCAAUAAUCCAUCUUCAUCACCGAUCAUUAUGAACAAUGAUCAGUUAAAUUCAUCAGCCAAUAGUCCUUCUAAAGGAUCAUAUUAUGGAAGCUUACGAGUUAAUCAAAUGUACAGAAAAAAUCAAGCAACAGGGAUGAAUAAUUCACCACAACAACAACCUUCAACUCCUCAAGGAAUCAACAUGUUAUCAUCAACGAAUAAUGAAAAUAGAGGACUAGUGAAUGAACAACAAUCUACACCAACAACGAGUAGUGGAAUGGAUAUCCAAUCAAAGAGAAGAGAAAUUAAAAAGAAAGGAGGUCCUGGGUUGACUUUGCUGGCCACUUCUUUUUCAAGAAGGGACUUUGGACAAGAUCUGAUUGGAGAAGAAGAUACAGAUGUAACAACAAGUAGAACAGGAGUUGAUUCAAGUGCUGGGGUUUUUACAUCAUUCAGAACUUCGAGGAAUUAUUUGAGAAGCCACAUGGAUGAUAGUGCUAUAAUUUCUAAAAAUGAUAUUGGUGAAAUUGUGCAUCAUCACGCUGAUCACCAAUGUUUGAGCCUGUAUCCAAAAUCUCACUACGACUAUUAUAAUAGAAGAAUGCAUCAAUUGAUUGAUUCAUAUUUUGAAAAGGAAAACUUUGAUUGGACCAUACAUUUGGAUCCAGAAAAUGAUCCACAAUUUUAUGAAAUUGCCUUCUCAAUGUUUGAAUCAGUUGUUGUGAAUAAGAGACUCUCUCCUCCAAAAACAGUAAUUCCCUUCAUAGCUCAAUAUAAUGAUGAUGAGUAUGAAGAGGAAUCAGAUCCACAAAUAAUAGACGACGAUUAUUUUAUACAUUGCGAGCAACCAACCAAAUCAUCACCCCGACAAAUUCAAUCCAAUUCUGAUGAGAAACGAGAGAUCAUGGGUAAAAAAGGAAUAUCACCAAGCUGUAGCACUUCCACUGUAGAAACAACAGGUGCCUCAGCCACUACAAUGCCCUCUCUUGUGAGUACCACCUUGACAACCUCCUCCACUGUAAUCUCAAAUGAAACAAUGAUCAUGUCGUCUUUGGCCAAUACCACACUCGGCUCUCCUUCCACUUCAAUCGCCUCUUCCAAUUACCUGUCCUCCCCAAAUUCUUUUCAAAGACCAAGAGGAAGAGCAUUCCUCAUGUUUGGUUCCUCUCAAUCUCCUUCUUCUUCCACUCAACAGAAUUCAUACCUUCUUUCUCCUUCCAUGAAUUCAAAUUAUAAUCCCACUCCAAUUACUCCCCUUCGAUCUGAUUCUGCAAUCUCCACAACUCUUAACCCCUCUACUACCACUCCAAAAACUCCAACACCCUCAUCAGAAAAGAAGACCAGCCCACACGAUUUGAAAUCAUCAGAAAAGAAGAUCCCAAAAUCCCCUCGAGAAUGUAGAAGAGAAUGCUAUUCAAAAGUGUUAAAUGCUCGUUUUGAAUAUGGUGGAUGGAAGGAUAAUUGUGAUUUUGGUAAAAGAUCGAUUUCAUUGAGUCAACUCGAAGAGAGCGUACCAUAUGAAAUCAUGUUCCACAUAUUAUCCUAUCUAUCAGCUCCAGAUUUGAUUGACCUGAGUCGUGUCAGCAGAUCUUUCCACUACAUUUGGACAGAACAUCCAUUGUUGUGGAUUAGCUAUCCAUACAAUCUCAAUAACUUGAGUAUGUCAGAUUUGAGUAGCAGUUCAGAAUUUGCUGAAACCUUUGAUGACAGAGAGAAGAAACAAGGAUCAUCCUUCAUCGAUCACAUUACCCUCAGAGAGUUGAUAGAGAGUUCACCAUUCUCACAGGAAAAAACAACCAUGGUUCUAAGUAGUUGGAAGAAUAUCUAUAAAUCCAUCUAUAAGGGUUAUAGAAAUGGACCAUGGAUGAACUAUUGUGCAUUCCAUAACAAUGUAAAUACACAAAGUUUAGAAUAUCGAUUGAGUAUGAUCGAAAUUAAGGUCUGUCUCAUUGGUGAUUCUACCUCUGGAAAAUCCUCUUGGGUCUACAUGUUGAAGGAGGCCAUCUCAAAUCAUUUAGAUACAGUAGAACAUAGAAGUCGAGUGAAAAAGAUUGAAUAUAUUGAAUCAACUAUUGGCGCUACCUACUUGAUGAAACAUGUGAAAGUUAAUUUGCCAACACCAACGGGUACAGCAGAAAUUCAGGAAGAUGAUGAUUCAAUUUCAUCAGAGGCUGACAGCUAUAUCAUGACAAGGUACAAUCCAAUCAUUUCUCUGAGUGUAUGGGACACUUCUGGUAUGAAAAGAUUCCUUAAUUUAAUUCCACUCUAUUUGAAAGUUUGCAAAGCAAUCAUGCUCUGUUUUGAUUUGAGUAGACCAGAAUCAUUCGAUGAUAUGUUACAGCUAUUCGACAAGUACAUUUUCAAACAACAAGCAACCAAAUCACCAGAGCUUAACUUGUUAGAAAAUAGAAAUCUAUUUGAAAAGUGCUUACAAAAUGAGGAUAUUUACGUGUUCGUUUGUGGAUUGAAAUCUGAUCUGGAACCUAAAAUAUCCAACGAAAGAAUCACUCAAUUCCUUCAUUCCUAUGGUGGUUCCAGAAUCAAACUCUUCACCAACAAUAUGCUCUACUUUGAAUUGAGCUCAAUGAGUGGUGAGAAUCUCUACACUCCUUGGUUACACUUGGCCUAUAGAGUUGCAUUGAAGAAUCAAUCAGAUGGUGCAAGUAGUAGUGCAAGUAGUGGAAACACUGCAAGUUCAAUAAGUAGUAAUGGAAUGUAAUAUCACAUGUUUUGUAAACCUUUUUGAAGAAACAACAAUUUUGAAAUAAAGAGUUUUCUAAAU